GAUUCCCCUUUUGUUAUCGAUUAAUGAGAGGGAAAGAAAAUCAAUGGAAAUGUAAAAAGUGAGAUUUUGAACCUCUUCGUAAUUUUUGUGCAAAGAUGACAGAAAAUGCAAUCGUAAUAAGACCCAUUAAGAUAAUUGGCGAGGCCUUCUCUGGAAUAGCUGCAGUGUUCCUCAUCAUUGCAGCUGUGGGAAAGGACUGGGUGGAGGUUCAGUUUUACCGCACCUCUCAUGUCAUCUCUUGGGGAUUAUGGGAUAUAUGUGUCGGCGGACUUUGCCUUCCAGACAGUGGCUGGCUGGAGGUCUGUAGGGGCCUGUUUCUGCUGGCCCUCCUCCUUGCACUGGCUGCCUUUGUUUCGGGUUUAGUGGGCCUCUGUAUCCACUCUCACUGCAGUAAGCGGCUCUGGUUUGUUUUAGCAGGUGCCCUGAUGGCCCUUGUAGCCCUUCUGGACCUGCUGACCCUCAUUGUGUAUCCAGUCAUGUUUAAUGCGGACAUUGUCCAUCUACAGACUCACGAACACUGGCUUUACAGGCUGAAAACCUGGUACUUCGAUUGGACAUACGGAUUUGGUUGGGGGGCUUUCAUUUUCACGACUGCGGCUGCCGUGUUUUUCAUUAUUCCACUGGACGACAAGAAGAUGUUUUCCAAACCAUUUUGACGUCUCCAAAUUGUUCUGAGGGAACGUCCCCAUUAGGAAGCUAGAUGAUUACAAUCUGUGUGUACAGUAAAACAUGGUUAUAGCAAACUUCCUUUCUCACUUCAUGAUAAGUAUAAAUUGUUAUGUCCAGUGAGUUCUUUGUAACUUGAUCUAUGUGAGAAGGAAAAUCACUUCAUUAUAUAAAUUUACAUUCACUAUGUGUAUUCUGCUUAAUUUCUAUUGAAAUCCAUUGCUUGUAAUUUGCACAUUCUGUUUCAAUCUAGUUAGAUCUGGUUUUUUAGUGCUGUCUGUCUGCAUGUGAUGAUGCACAUUCCACAAAGUUUGUGACUUAGUAUUUCAUGGCAUUGUUGAAAUUGUAGGAAAAUGUUUCCUGCUGAUUUUUUUUUAAUUUUUUUUUACAUUUUAUUUGAAUUUAGAAUAAUAGAGAAAACAUACCUAUAUUAUAUGUUUAUUUCAUGAGUUAAAAGUUUAUCCUUCUUAGACUAUUUCUUUUUUUAAAUGCCAUUGUCCAAAUAUGGAAAUCAUUACCAAAUAUGGAGACAAGUCAAUUAAGGUAAGGUGAUGUUUAAAUAACUUACUGGUCCACAAUACCUAUACUGUUAUUUACAGUGUACUUGAAUGGAUUUAUUUAUUUUUUUUUCAAAAUACAGAAAAAUAAAAAUGAUAAAAUAUUUUUCUUUGGUUUGUUAAACAGGGAUAAAGGUAGCAAACAUUGCCAAAAACAUUUCACAACCUUUAUAUCUGAUUUAAUAACAAAUGAAAGACAGACAUUUCAUUAUUUUAGAUAACCGGUAAUUCAUUGUGAAGAUGUUCUACUGAUUUUACAAAUUUUUCUUAUCAAUAUUUACAAAUUAUCUAUUUAUUAUAUAAAGCACCCAUUGAUCACAAAAUUAUAUUUUGAUUUAUUACUUCAAGUGUAAUGACUAGAUUAAACAAUUGAUUAUAUAUUCCAAGGUAACUGUUUUAUGUCAGUGUAUGGAUAAAGUUCUGUGACUUUUAUUAUAUUGUUGAAAUUCAAUUUAGCAUUCAACUUUCCAGAUUAUUGGGAUUUUUACAGAUGUUAUGAUAUAUACCAGGGCCGUAAAUUACAUGGAGGUGGAGGAGGCAGCUGCCUCCUCCAACUUUUGAGCCAAAAAAAAUUAAAAUUUAAAGUUCAUUAGAAUUUAUGUUGUUUCCAAUAACUAAGAACAUGAUACCUCCCUUAAAAAGCAUUCCAAAUCUUUCUUUUAGAAUGAGUUAGUCAAGUAACAUCUUAGAAGGCCCUAGAAUCAAGGAUUUUGCACGAAACGUGUUCAGUGUGCAUAAAAUGUGCUCAGCGUCUGGGGGCCUGGGCGCCCAGGCCCCCGCCUAAUUUCCUGCCUCCUCCAAAUUGAAGGUUAAUUUACGGCCCUGUAUACAUGUGUAAGUGUAUGUUGUAAUUCUUUUUAGAUGACAAUCCUUUUAUCCUGUGUGAUAUUUAUUAGUUUUGGUCCAGUACACUUUUAGCCCCAGACAUUUUGAAAUCACAUACUGCCAGUAAGAUUCUUAAAUAUAUGCAAGGAAUUUAUUAUCUUGUAAUUUAGGAAAAAGCAUCAUUCUCAAAUAAAAUAACUUGCUUUUAUUUUUAAAAUUGCUGAAAGACAGGUUAAAACUCAAGCUUGAUCAAUAGUCCACUCUCAAAUUCACGUUCUUGCAAUGUAAUGUCUUUGAGUUAUUUUGCGAUAUUAAGUAUACUCACAUAGAAUAAGGAUAAAAUAUGCAGUGUAUACUUUUAUAGAAUUUUUUUCAUCAUUUAAGAUGGAUAAAAAAAUCUUAUGUGAAAAGUGCAUAUGGAUUUACUGUAUGAAUAUUGACAAGACAUUCUCGAUCACCUUUAAUUGAGAUGUUUAGAAGAUAGGGGUUGUGACACGACCCUUACAGAUCCAUGUGACCUGGGGUAUAGGACUUUACUAUUUUAAAAUUAAAAUCAUCAUUCACUGACAUUUCAUUAAAAAAUAGAUAAAAGAAAUCUAGAAGUUUGUGCAAAUGUGGCCAAAAAAAAUUUUUUUUUUGACUGGCUGGUAUUUAUGAUAUUGUGAUAUGUAAUUCGCAGUUCAUUUCAAAUGUUGCCAAAAUGGGGUAUUAAGAAGGUAAAUUAUUUCACCAAAAUAAAUUUACCCAAUGUACUUAUUUUGCCUAAAUGUUAGAUAAGCUGAUGAAUCUUUUUUGGGCGUGAAUUUAUGACAGUGUCAUAAUAUAUUCUUGUUAUAAUAGGUGAUGACUUUGUAAUUUUUGAGAACUUGUGUUCAAACUUUUGCAUAUGUUUUCAAAAUGCAAUGAUAUUUUUAUUGAAUCAAAUAAAUGUCAGUAUUAUCUAAAAUUGGUCUGUAUAUAUAACUACUGUUUAUAAGGAAUCAAAGGAUAUACGUGCAAUUAAGUUUUAAAGGAAUAUGUAUGGUUUUAAUGUAAUUUAGCCCAUCAAAAACGUGAAAAUUCAUUUUUGGUAAAUUUUAAUUCUCAUUUAACAUGAAUGUUAUCAUACAUACACUGUACAUCCUUCAUCAAAAUAAGGUCAACAUUGUUUCUAACAAUUUCCAACAAUUUCGUCAUUACAGGGUUGGAAUUUGGUGCAAACUAUUAUAAUAAAUAAUCUUUUGUUGUGCAUAAGCUGUUCUAUAGAGCAGUAGUACAUGAUUUUAUUUAGUUAAAAUAUUUGUUUGUUUGUUUUUUUAAAUGAGAUCUGAAUUCCUGGUCAUUAUAAGAAUAGACUUACUGUACAUCAAAUUUUCAAAUAUAUCUUUAAUCUCUAGAAUAUAGAUAUUAAAGUCAAUAAAAUUUAAGAUGAGAUUAGAUUUUGAAUGUAAUUCAAAAUAUCAAUAAAGUAUUUGUUUGGUUUUUAUUUGUUAGGGAUAUAAGAAUUUUUUUUUGCUUAAGUCUAUUGAAUUCUCAAUUUAUGGUCAUAGAGCUUGAAUAAGCAAUAAAUAAUGGUUUUAUUUUUAACCGGUGGAGUAUUGACUAUGAUAUACAUGUAUUUAUAAAUAAAGAAUUUUUUCCCCCACAUAUCAUCUUUUUGAAUUUUAUUGCAUUAUGGUGCUGCUUUGAGUUUGUAGAUUUUUUAUUGCUUUGAAUUGUGUUUCUUUUCUUUUAAAGGUAUUUCUUUUAUAUUUUGAAUCAUUCCAAUUUCCCAUAUUUUGAAAUCCAUAUACUGAAGAUGCUAUUCAUAUAAUGUGUACUUUUUAUGCACAUAUUCUGCAUGUUUAACUUUAUUUCCUCCCAUCAUGUUGAUGUGUUUUAAAUUUUUUAGAUAACAAUUGAUUUUCUUCCUUCAUAUACCAAAAUUGUACUUCAUUGAUAAAAUUUUACUUCACUGAUAAAAUUGUUAUUUCACUGAUAGAAUUGUUAUUUCAUUGAUAAAAUUUUUAUUUCAUUGAUAAAAUUGUUAUUUCAUUGAUAAACUUCUACUUCACUGAUAAAAUUAUAUUUUAUUGAUAAAAUUGUACUUCAUUGAGUACUUGAUUUCAAGGUCUGACACAACAACAACAACAAAAACAAAGAAACAAAAGCCAACAAACAAAUAAGAAUUUGUUUUCAGCAAGAAAUGGUAAAACUACAGUCAAAGUAACUCUUUUGAACAACUUGCCAUUCAGUGUUAUUGUAAACGAUUGUUAUAGUGGGGCUCAAUAGGCACACAUAUUAUGCAUUAUGUAGAUUUCAGGGUUGUUCAAUUCUUUUUUUCUGACAAUAUAUGUACAUGUUGAACAAAUUUACCUCAAUGUUUUUUAUUAAGUUAUUAUUUAUUGAAUUAAUUGUUAGAUGUCAAAUAUGACAGUUUUAGAAAUAUGAAGUGAAUUAAUUCGCACAUUAAACAAAAUGUUUAGCUUUGAAUCCAUAAGUUUUCGAAGGUAGUCAACACAAUUUUGAAUUAGAUUAAAUCUAUAGAAAACAGAGUGAUACUGCAGUCAUUGACUGAAAAAUGAUAAUAGUUACCUAUACUUUUUAAUGUUUUGUUUAGAUCGAAGUUUUUCUUGCCAUCACUAACUAAUCAAAGCACUCAUUAUGUGGAAUUAAUUAGUGAUAUUGUGAUGUCAUUUGUUGUGUAUUGCAGUUCAUCAACUGCUUUUAAUAAAGACAAGAGCAAAA